ACGAUUUUCCGGUUUUUAAUAUCAUGGUGAGCUAAAUUGGACUAAUUUAAAGUCGCCAACAAGGACUUUUGCUUGAGGAAAUCUACCCACCGCUGGCUAACGUUCAAUAACGGUGAUCGAUUUUAUUUCCAGGGCAACUCUACAUGUCCAUCACUUAGUGAGUUAACGAUGUUAUCCUGGACGGCAAUGGCGACAUUGAUGUCGUCCAAGCAGACUUCAGUGAACGUCACAGCCUCCAAGAUCAAACACAAGAAUCUCAACACCUCCUCCUUCUUCAAGGUCUCGCUGAAGACCAACAACAAGGCCUUGGCUCUCGGCCUGCAGGCCCAGAAGGAGAGGAGCCAGCAGCUGCAGAUGGAGGUCGUGCACCUCCAGAAACAAGUGAAGGCUCUGUGCUUCGAUCUGGCCACCAAGAAUUACAAGCAUAGGAAACUGCUCCUCAUCUUUAAAUCUCUUCAUAACGACACUCUGCAGCACUUGGAGAUGGCGGCUGACCUGCUCCAUGACAGUGAAGUCCCGAAACUCUCUGAGGACAACAAGACGCCAUCUGGUGAUGUCCACGAGGAAUGUCUCGCGGUGGGAACUGUCCCAGUGCCGUUGCCUCCUCAGCCAGAACCGGCGACGCCGUUGUUCCCAGAACCGAAAGUACCGGCGGACUUUUCUGAAGAAAACAUCUCUGCAAAUGUCUCCGGUAUCAGACCCACUGAACUCUUCACUGAUCACACGGAGAUUAUGGAAAGUCAUUCGAGCCACUUCCCAGCAGCUCCCCAGGCCGGAGCGUCCCGUCCGUCCAGCAGCCUGAGGGAGGAAGUGGAGAGGCUGUCGGUGAUCUUCUCUCAGUCUGGAGAAACGAAGUCGCUCCACUGUCCUCCGAGCAGCCGGAGCUCCUCCUCCGCCGCCGCGAGCGCGCGAGCCGAGCCGCCGGCGCCCGACGACGCCGGCCCCCCGAGUCGCUCGGCCGCGGAAACUGAACCGGAACACGGGGACAGGCAGGAGAGGACCGUGCUCCUCAACACCUCCAUGGAGAUGACUCUGAGUUCAGCCGCUGAGAUCGUCACUGUGGAAACCAAGGCCAGGAAAACCGUCUGCGCUGGCAGGCCGAAGAGCAAGAAGCAGAAGAAGGAGGAACAAGCCGGUGGGUCACGUGUCGCGGAACUUCCUCAAGUGAAGAACUCUGCAGAUUGCAGGUGGACUGAGGUUCAGAACGCUCCCACCGGCUCUUUAUUACACACCGACGGUCGUGUGUCGGAUGACACUGGAGACCCCGAGGUCAUUAAGCUUCAACCCACCAAGAAACCGAGUGGGAGUGUCGCUCCCUCUUCCAUUCCCAAACUGAUGAAGUCUGAAGCUGUGAAGCAUCUGAAAACAUCAAAGCACAAAGUUCCGUCCCGCGACAACGCCAAGACGAAGACGGGGUCCCGAGACGGUGCCACGCUGGACCUGGAUGAUUAUUUCACGGAUCCUGAAAUCAGAUUCCCCAAAUCCAGCAGAGGUGCGACGUUGACGCCAGAGGACGAGGACGGCGACGCGGCGGAAGCGGCCGACUCCAAAGUCACGUUCAGGAGGCCCCCGACGAAAGGCAGGAGCGCGUCGUCGGCCUCCCGGAGGACGUUUGUCGCUCUUCCACCGCUGUCGUGGGAAAGCGAGACGGGCGGGUCCAAACGGGACCGGGACCACGACGACGUGGACGGAGAAGUCAAAGCGCGCAGAGUCCAGGAAGCGGCCGAAGAGUUCUCGUUCUGGGCGGACGAGAUCACGCCGCCGGAGUCGAAGCGCGCGAGCCGUAAACCGCAGCGCCGGACGAGGGCCGCGUCUGGGGGGAGUCCAAAAUUGAGAUGCAGGGGGACAUUUUUGGUCUCGGUGGCCAGGGACAGCGCCUCAGUAACCACGGCGAAAGUAGAGCUGGACUCUUCCAACGGCGAGGAGGAAGAAGAAGAAGAAGAGCCGCCAGCGGACGCGGCGAAACACUCAGAAUCGAACUCUCUGAGUUCCGGAGCCCUCGUCGAGGAGGCGCCGAGCUCCUGUAAGCGUCCUUCGCAGGCCGCUCUGGACUCGGAGGACCCUGGGGGGGACUUGGGUCUCGGCGGUGACCGGGACGCGGCGCCGCCGGAUCCAGACUGGACUUCGGGGGCGGAGUUUCGGACCCUCAAGAAAGCCAGGAGGCAGAAAGCGAGCCACGCCCGUAAGACGAGAGCUGCUCAGCAGGAGGAGGAGAAGAAAAGUAGCCGGAGCGACGCCGGAGUUCAAUCCGUGGAUGAAGCGAGUCGCCUGGAGGGGCGCGGCGACGGCUUCCCCAAAAACAAAAAGCAACUGGACGAUUUCCACGCGGUGGACUACCGCUCCAUCAUCGCCGUUGACGACGACGACAUCUUUAAACGUUCCCGCGACUCGAAGUCGAGGACGCCCCCGACUCCGAAGCGCCAUCGGAAGAACCUCGGGCCGCCGGCGGCCACGGGAACCCGACGUCUGAGGGAGACGCGAGGCGACGUUCUGCCGCUCGACCCGAGGAGGACGUCCGCCGCGCCGCGCGGCGAGGAGGCGUGGCUUCGGCACCCGGGACGCCUGCUGGCGGACGAGACGCCGCCGUGGCUGGACGCGGACGUCAGCGUCGCCGACACCGAGGCGGGCUCGCUACUCGCCAGCCCCGGGAGGGAGACGACGGGCAGGGCGGCGGUGAUCGUGGAGUCUGCCGAAGCCUCUCCAGCCGGACGAGUCUUAACGCUUCUCACCAACACCCUCCGAUCCCCAGGGAGAGAAGAGGGACAGAGAAGCAGGAGGCGCAAAGGUGUCGUCAGUUACAAGGAGCCCACCCUCAACAGCAAAAUGAGGCGUGGAGAUAAAUUCAGCGACAGCGAGUUUCUGAGUUCUCCCGUGUUCAAGGACAAGAAGAAGAAGAAGAUCAAGAAGCCGGCGAUGCCGAAGAAGAUUAACCCAAAGUUGGAAGGAUCCGUUCUGGUGGACUUUCUAGCCGACUGCUGAUCAUUAAUUUAAUAUAUAUAUAUUUUUUACAUUGUUUAUUAAAAAUUGUUGGUUUGCUUUUACGAAAAAAAAAAAAUGUUUUUAUCAUUUACUGCUGAUUUUUUAUUUUUAUUUUUUUAAACAUGGUUUAUCGUAAAUUGUUCGUUUGCUUUUAAGCUUAAUAAAAUAUUUUUUUUGGAUAAUUUACUGCUGAUCUUUUUUUUUUUUAAACAUGUUUUAUUGUAAAUUGUUGGUUUGCUUUUAAGCUUAAU